UCCCACACACUGAAGAUGGAGAGAAACUCACACACUAACAACAUGAGGGACAACGUUUGGAGUCAAGCUGAGUUUUUAUUCACCUAAAGCAACUUCUUGAUUUGGUAAAACGGUCGCGAGUACGACAGCACAUGCCUGAGGACUGAAGGCGGUGGGGCGGUGAUGCUGCUGCUGCUGCGGGUUCUCAAGCCUCGUUCCCUCCAGCUCUCUGGAGAUGCAUUCCUGUUUAAUACUUCAUUAAGUAUUAAUUAAGUGUGUUCCCGAGAUGCUGAGGAAGGUGGCGAUGGUGAGGAGGAUCCUCCACGUCAAGGGAGACGUGAUGUGCACGUUGGUGCUGCUCGUGCUCUUCUGUCUGCUGCUAUACACCCAUCAGGUGGUGCUCUCCCCAGGAUGGAGCAGGCCUGUGUGGAAGCUGGAGAUCCACGGCUCCACCAGCGCCAGCCGGACUCUGCUGGGAGCCAGCGGGGCCAAAGGGAGCCCGGGGCCCCCAGGGUUCCCAUCAAAGACACAGCUGCCUCCCUGUAAGCCCCAGCACAAACCCAAAUCCCUGAAAACUAAAUCCAAACUUCAAACCAAGCCCAAGUCACGCAGGAAGAAAGUUCUGCCGACCCAGACGGCGAGGAAUCCCCUGCCAACGAUGCCGCUGUUCGACUUUGAGGGCUAUCUGAGAGAAAAGGACAAGAGAAACUUCCAGCUGCUCAUCGACCAGCCGGAGAAAUGUCUCGCUGCAGGAGAACCGGGAUCUGAUUCUCCCUACAUGCUCAUCGCUGUCAAGUCCACUGCAGCUGAUUUUGAUAAACGCCAGGUGGUGCGUAGAACAUGGGGCAAGGAAGGGAAUGUUCAACACGGCGUAUCUAUCCGUACCGUGUUCCUGCUGGGGGUUCCCAGGAACCGCACGGCGCUGCCGCUCUGGGACCGACUCCUGGCCUACGAGAGCCGGAGCUUCAGGGACAUCCUGCUCUGGGACUUUGAGGACACUUUCUUCAACCUGACGCUGAAGGAAACACACUUCCUGGAAUGGGUCAACACCAGCUGUCCUCAUGUCAAGUUCAUCUUCAAAGGCGACGCUGACGUGUACGUCAACGUGGAAAACAUACUGGAAAUGCUCCAAGAUCAAGCCCCGGAGGAGGAUCUGUUUAUCGGCGAUAUUAUUGUCCACGCUAAACCCAUACGCCGACGCUCGUCCAAGUAUUACGUCCCUGAGUUUGUGUACGGAGUCGGCCUGUACCCCAACUACGCCGGGGGAGGAGGGUUCGUGAUGUCGGGCCACACGGCCCGGAAACUCGGCUCCGCCUGUCAACAGGUGGAGCUGUACCCGAUAGACGACGUGUUUCUGGGGAUGUGUCUGCAGCUGAUCGGCGUCAAGCCUUCGCGCCACCAAGGCUUCCGGACCUUCGGGAUCCCCCGGCCGUCCUCGGCGCCGCACCUGCAGACGUUCGACCCGUGUUUCUACCGGGAGCUGAUGGUGGUGCACAGUCUGAGCGUGCCCCAGAUCUGGCUGAUGUGGAACCUGCUGCACGACCCCGAGCUCAGCUGCCACAACCGGAGCAACGGGGCGGCCCGGCCCUUCCGGUGGAGGGAGGAGGAGGAGGCGGCGGAGGAGACGGUGGAGGAGGAUUAUGGACCCAAGCAGGUGUUUGUCACGCACUAGCAGCUCCCCGGAGGACGGACUGGGAUCUGCAGGGUUUAAACUGGUUUUGUUUUACAGGCUUGGGACAGUUGGAAAUCUUUAUACAGGCUAGAGCAGGGGUCGGCAACCCGCGGCUCUUCAGCGCCGCCCUGGUGGCUCCUGGAG